AACUGUCUGGAUCGCCCCAGUCCCAAACACCGAGAGCGAACCGGAACCGCCUGCAGCUCAGAGAUCAUGGGGAGGAUAGAAAAAUCGGUGUUUGGAAAAGCAAGCCUCUGGAUGUCAUAAACCAGGGAGGGGGUGGGGGUGGCCCGCGGUGUUUUCUCAGAUUCCUCCUGCUUUGUUUUUGUUGUGCUGCUUAAGAUGAUGCAUUUGUCUGCUGGUCGGAGCUCAGCUGCAGUGUGCGUCGUGGACUUGUGACUAAAAGCUGGGAGUGUUUUUCUUCUCCUAUUUUUUCUAGUGAGUAGUAGUGAGUGACGCAGAGACGCCAGACAAGGCCUCGGUUACGACCACUGCAGUGGAGGGGAAGGGGAAGGUGAAUGGGGCAACAGCGACCUCCGUCGGCAAUAAGACCGGAUGCUUCCACUGCGCAAUGGUGGCUCUCACAAAGGGAAGGGCUUUAUGGCGAUAUUUAGAUCCGCCAGACAGGCUGUUAUCUGCAGAAGCAAAGAGAAGUGAAUAGCCCCUGCGGUAAACUGCAGGGUGAAGAAAACACCCUGAUUUAGGUUUACAGCCUGAGAGCUGUUGGCAGAGUGGCGUCUGUUCCUGCUGCAAAAGUGUUUGUCUAUUCUUGUUUGUCUAUUCUGGAUUUUAGUGCACAAAAAGGCGCACAGCCGCCCCUAUCCUGAACGCAUCUUCUGGUAUUAAACUGUGCAAAUGGACAGCGGGACUGUGCGUAAUUGUGCGGUUUUCUCUGACUCUACGUGCGAUUUUAAUCGCAACAGCAGAAUUCAGAUAAUCUGUGCGUCUGGGAUUCUCUGUGGCCUUGUAGGGGUGUUGGCCAGCUUCUCUUUUAUUUGCGAGCAAUAAAUAAACCACAUAUAUGAAAUAAAAAAACUCAAGGUUGCCGCAACAAAAACCACCGAAGUCAGUUAAGAAACGCCAAACUGCACACGUACCCUACACACAUAAUCUUUUUAAAUUUUCAGUUUUUAAAUAACAAGUUGGCUAAACCCUUUCUAGGAAAUUCGCGCUUACUACAUACUAAUGUAAUCCCGUGGAUAAGGAAUUAUAUAACAGCUGCGUAACAUCCUAAUCACGUAUGUAUUUUCAAAUAUUGUCCAGUUUUCCAGCGCGUCGAUGUUUCCCGUCAUAAUCAUCAUCAAAACAGCGUUUUAUAAAAUAAAAUACUAUUAAAAACAAAAAUGGACAAACAGUUUAGUCCCUGCAAACUCUCCGCACCACCUCCAUUUAAAACAUGGGAACUAAACACCAUUUAAAGAUUAUUUUUAGCGCCGUUUGUGCGUAAAAUUACGCCAAAGCCCAGGCAGCUGCAGGUACUAACGCACUCGUUAAUGGCCGCGAUGAAGCAGCAUAUCCGCGAUAACGUGGUGCAAAAAAUAAACAGAUUAACUCUCUGUAUUUUAUUAUUUACUUUUAUGAACAAGCACAUUUCUUUAAAAUGAAACUAUAUUGUGGAUUUGUUUUUGUUUUUUAAUAUUUUGACUUCUCCAGAUAAACUCUAAAAACUCAAACACACAUUUAGCAAAGCUGAUGAAUAAAUCACUUAUUAUUUGUUAAAAUAUCUGAAACGAAGUCCGAGUCUUGAGCGCAUUUCUGGUAAUUUAUCCAAAAUGUUAGAAUACGCUUUGUUUCCGCACGGCUCAGUGUGUUUCAGAUUUUAAAAUAAAUAAUGCUUUGUUCUUAAAAUAAUAUCUAACGGGUUCUAGAUCCUCUUUUUAAAUAAGAAAACGUUUAAAUAAAGUGUGUUAAUGUUGUAAAGUGGACACACAAACAUUAAUAAUAAAGCAUGUGUUAGUCUGUAUGCGGGGAUGUAUCAGAGAGGCCAUUUCAGGUUUUUAUUUACAACAUUUAAGAAGAAAAUCCUGGGAGCUAGACGAGAAUAAAAUAUUUAAACGUUAUUAGUUGACGGGUUUUACUCGUUUCGUCUGAAAACUCACCUGCUUCUGAACGAUGUUGAAAUGAUCUGAGUGUGUCUAAAACAACAGAACCUGAGCUGAAUUCAGCCUUUUUGUGUUUUAUUAAUGAUCGCAGCUUCCUUCACUGAGUUUGCUGUAUUGGCAGCAGAGGAGCUGCUUACGUGUCCAAUAAACCAUCCCGUAAAAAUAAUCCUCCAAAUACAUGUAGUAUGUCUGAGGACGGCGCUGCUGAGAGCAGCGUCACCUUCAUCAGCAUUUAUUUAUUUUUAUUUAUUUUCUGUGUCGUUCGUGUUUAUUUUCCCUGUUUUUACAUUUCUGACUAAAUCCCGAUCGUUGGUAAAAAUCCGGGUUGUUACAGCAGAACGGGUGAGUAUUUAAUGACUGCAGGGAUUGAUUUAUCUUUUAUUGUUCAGCCUUAUGAUCACGUGACUCCGCUGUCCAAUGGCGUGGCGGCGUGUCUCCCCAUUACUUUCCCACUGUAGUUCUCCGUGGGGCCAAGUUGCUACUUGAUUUCUCCACAUUGUUAUUUUGCGAGGCUCUUUAGUGCGCGCGCGCGUGUGUGUGUGUGUCAGAGGUGUGUGUAUGUGUGUGUUUGUGUUUUGCCCUUUUGCAUGUAUCUGCUGUAUGACUGCGUACAUGUGAAAGUGCCAUUUUUCUGCCAUGUCGACGUCCGGAACAUUGACUAGCUACUACGUCGAUUCCCUCAUUCUGCCCGAGAGCGAGGAGGUCUCCAUCCCGCGGUACCCCUCUGGUUCCGGUAUCCAGCACACCAGACAGCCCGCCUCCAUCGGAGACCACAGCGAGCUCGGGACUUGCACCUUCCCGUCCAAACCCACCGUGUUCGGACCGACAUGGAACCAUGUACCGGCUCAGUUCCCAGGCAGCGUUUCCUCCGUGUACCACCACCACUACGGGCAUCCUCAAGGCCCGAUGGGCGCAGACACAGACGGCCGCUAUCAGUCCUGGCUCCUGGAACCGAUGUCCGGUUCUCUCCCGAUGACCGGAUUACCGACGAGCCACCAUCACUACGGGAUCAAGCCGGAGGCUUUGGGGGCGCGAGGCGAGCCAGGGUCGCACACGGCGCUGCUCCUCUCCGAUUACGCCAACGGCACCGUGGCGACACCAUCACCCGGGGAGAAGGACGAGCUGUCCGUCCAGGGAGGGGACAUAAGCGGAGAAGCAGAGGAGAAACCGGGCCUGGACCCAAAUAACCCGGUGUCCAACUGGCUCCACGCGAGCGCCACGAGGAAGAAGCGCUGCCCGUACACCAAGCACCAGAUCCUGGAGCUGGAGAAGGAGUUCCUCUUUAACACCUACCUGACCAGGGACCGGAGGUACGAGGUGGCGAGGCUGCUGAACCUCACCGAGAGACAGGUUAAGAUCUGGUUCCAGAACCGGCGGAUGAAGAUGAAGAAGUUUAAUAAGGACGGAGCACCGAAGGACGAAUAACCGUAGCACGCAGGAGCGGUAUUUAUAUGCUGAGAUGGAUUUCUUUAUACGAAAAGAAAAUAAUAAUAAUAAUAAAAGCGAGAAGAAGCUCUGCUGGACCUUAUUUUUAAACCCCGUCGUCUUAUUGUAUAACAGCUAGAGGAGAAUCCGUCUGGGUGAAUAAAUAAACAAAGCAAGCAUGUUGGGCUUUAGUUUAAUAUUGCACAAUUCUGUCAGCACCCAUCGGAACUCCGACUUUAAUUCCCCCCUGUUAAUACCUCGUUUAGAUUAGUUGUCUCCGUGCUCGUUUUGGAUGUUUCUAGCUGUGUGUGUUUUUGUUUUAUUUGUAACUAUAAAUCUGUUGUCUACCAGAGUCAGUAUAGUUUAUCAAAAUGUAAUAAUUUAAUAGGUUUUUUUUCAUAUCUGCUAGGAAAAUGACUGAAUGUGACCGUGGGUUUGAUACUAACGUUAGAAGCGUAGAGAGGAAAAAACAAAUAACGACAGCAGGUCGCAAUUAGAAGAAGAUCUGUCCAAGCACCGCUCUACUCUGAUUGACUACCUAUUUCAACUAUACCUACAGUGUGUGUCCGGGUUGGGCUGGCCUGCGUCGCUAACACGUCUGGCUGAAUUUCAGGAAGUGACUUUAGGGACAUCAUGUUUACCAGGGAGGAAAUGAAACACUGUAGGCUUCUCAGUGAAUACCUCGCGGCCCGCUGGCCGUCUGACAUUUGGUUCAUUAAUGUAAUUUGUACUAUUUAUUAAAUAAAACAAAUUAUAUCUGA